UCCUGGUAGGGAUCAAUUAAUGGUCAAUACAAAUACUGCCUCCAUCUCGCUCAUCUUUGUGUUUAUAUCUUGUGUAUGUUCUCACGUAUAGACAAGUCAGCAACAAUGGUGUGAUAUGUAAGAUGGGAACAGUUUUACUUGCUUCAAUACUGGUCAUAUUCCACUUUACAGAUGUGUAUUGCGUGGAAUGUCGAGAAACCUCCCUUACUUCUGGCUCACGGUCCUUCUCGUGCCUGUACGGAUGUUGUGGGGAAAUAUACCAGCGAUACUGCUGUCCAAGUGACGAGGAGGCGUUCCCCAUCGAGGUUGUCAAGGCAGGGAUUGGAGUAGGCGCCGUCCUGGUUCUAGUUGUCAUAGUAAUUCUUGUCGUCUUUAUGUGUAAGAAGAAGACGUCACACACACGGGCAUUGGUCGUUCCUCAGAAUGUGAACUUGAGAACCUCAACGAUUCCGCCGCCAGAUACAGGAUACACCUUGAAGCCAGAGACUGUCCAGGCCGGCUACCCCCCGACUCAGGCCUUCCCCGGGGGUGAUGUAUACACAGGACCUGUGCUCCCUGGCUACACGCAGUCCUACAACGCACCCCCUCCACCUUAUAAUAACAAUGAUGUUGUGCCCGUCAACUGCUGACAACAUUUACUCCAUAAGUUACACGACGGUCAAACACGAAUACACAAUAUUCAUUGACUUGCUUAUAUGUAUAUAUAUCUAUAUAUCUCUCUUGGAGGUUACGCUCCAGUCUGGUGAGAAAGAAUCAAGUUCGAGUCCCACAUGGUUUCGAUGUCUGAACUUAAUUCGUCUUUGAUGAAAGAUGCUGCUGCACCCUUUGUAGUAGUUGAGUAAACGGCUGUCCUAUCUAACUGAACGUAACCAUCGUCCGAUCUGUACUAAAUGCUGUUCUUUACUAUGAAUGGAGUAUGAGAAUUUGAGAAUACUAAAGUGUAGUAUUGUAAGGUUACUACCCUAUCGGAACGUCUCCCAAACGGAUAUAAAAUAAUAUUUCAAAUUUAGAUACAAUAAUCUUUAAAUCUACUUCUAUUACGAACAAAACGGGGCGGCUAGUUCGAGCUCGGUACAACCGUAGUUUGUUAUAGGGAUUUCAACUAAAAUGUACACCAAGCUACCAAUAAAACCAGUUCGUUAUAAGACUGUUCGUUAUAUAUAGUUUUCUCA